AAAGGGUUUAUACAGAUUCAAAUCUACUAAACAACGUUAGACAGUAAGAAAUAUCUACUGUAUUUCUAUUCUUAUUGUAGAUAUUCAAAAUGGUGAAUGUCUUUAACCCACAAAUUUUUUUCAUUGUCUUCCGUGAGGCUUUGGAAGCGGUUGUAGUGGUAUCAGUCUUACUUGCAUUUUUAAAGCAAGGGCUUGGAGGUGCCACUUCUGACCCAGUUGUCUAUAAACGAUUGGUUCGACAGGUCUGGUGGGGAGCGGCGCUGGGGUUAGUGGUGUGUAUAUGUAUUGGUGCUGCUUUUAUUGCAGUCUUUUACACUGUUGGUAAUGAUAUUUGGUCAAAGUCAGAAGAUUUAUGGGAAGGUAUUUUCUGUUUGAUAGCCACUGUAUUAAUUUCUAUGAUGGGAAUUGCCAUGUUGCGUGUCAAUAAGAUGAAGGAAAAGUGGAGAGUUAAAUUGGCUAAAGCUUUAAUUCAAGACACUGAGAAUAAAAAAGAUAGAUUUAAGUUCGGACAUCUUGCCAAGAAAUACUGUAUGUUUAUUCUUCCGUUCAUUACUUGUUUGAGAGAAGGUUUGGAAGCUGUUGUUUUCGUUGGUGGUGUUGGGUUGUCCACUCCUGCCACUUCUUUCCCUAUCCCAGUUAUUACUGGUUUGCUUGCUGGUGGUGCAGUUGGUGGUCUUUUAUACUUGGGUGGUACCACUACUUCAUUACAAAUCUUUUUAAUUAUCUCAACAUGCAUUCUUUAUUUAAUUUCUGCUGGGUUAUUUUCUCGUUCCGUUUGGUUCUUUGAAAUGUACAGAUUGACUAAGAAGGCGGGUGGUGAUAUUGCUGAAGGUGGUUCUGGUCCAGGUAGUUAUGAUAUCACUAACUCAGUUUGGCAUGUGAACUGUUGUAACCCAGAAACAGAUAAUGGUUGGGAUGUUUUCAAUGCUCUUUUGGGAUGGCAAAACUCGGCCACUUAUGGUUCUGUUUUAUCAUACAAUCUCUACUGGGUCGCUGUCAUUGUCACAUUAUUUUUGAUGUUGUACGAAGAAAAGCAUGGUCAUUUACCAUUCCUUCAAGGUGUCACAUUGGUUCAAUUGAAUCCAAUGUACCAUAUCAAGGGUAAGAAGAAGAACGAAUUAACCAAGGAACAACAAGAUGAAUUGUUUGAAAGACUUAGACAACAAAACAUUGGGGGAGACUUUGUUGAAGAAAAUAACUCGUCCACCAAGACUGACAAUGUAGUUUCUAAGGCCGACGUUGUUGAAUCUACCCAUUAGUUUCUAUAGUCUAUACGUUAUUGAUUAUAAAUUUAU